CCCAUCUUUGACCCAAAAGAAACAAAAGAAAAACUACCCCAUCUUUUGCAUUUUUGCUUGGAGAGGAAGAAGGAAGAAGACGGUGGUUUUACUAGGGCUUUACCAAAAGCCCCCUUCACAUGAAACCGGUGGACCAACCUCUCCUUCUCCUUCCUCUCCAAAUUCCGACAGCCAUCGCCAAUUCAGCACCCGCCAGAGCAGAGUAGAGAGAAGGCGAAAUGAACCGCAUGCUCCGAAGCCCUGGUUCCCUCGGGCACGCCCUGAGAUCUCUCCAGCUCCUCCGCGAGCCCUCCGCCGCGGCCGCUUCAGCUCGCGCUCUCUCCACCGCUCCCUCGUUCCUCAGGCCCCCCUCCUCCGCCGCCGCUGCCCUCCGCCUCCCGCCGCGCCACCGCCCGCUGCCACCUCUCCUCCCCCCGUCGCCGCCGUUCAUCGCGACCUCCGUCCGGCAUCUCCGCGUCGGCCGCGACCCCAGCACCGGAUACGAGAUAACGCCUCCGGUGAAUUGGGGGGUAAGGAUCGUGCCGCAACAGCGGGCUUUCGUGAUCGAGCGGUUCGGCAAGUAUGUGAAAACCCUAACUUCGGGAAUCCAUUUCUUGAUUCCACUCGUUGAUCGAAUAGCUUACGUGCAUUCACUCAAGGAAGAGGCGAUUCCUAUCCCGGACCAGUCUGCUAUCACUAAAGACAAUGUCAGCAUUUUGAUCGACGGAGUGCUUUACGUUAAGAUUGUGGAUCCGUACAAUGCAUCUUAUGGCGUUGAGAAUCCUAUAUAUGCAGUUAUUCAGCUAGCUCAGACGACGAUGCGUAGUGAGCUUGGGAAAAUAACACUUGACAAGACAUUCGAGGAGCGGGACACGCUUAAUGAAAAGAUAGUGGAGUCCAUUAACGUGGCUGCUCUAGACUGGGGUUUGAAAUGUCUUCGUUAUGAAAUACGGGACAUAUCUCCUCCUCGUGGUGUGAGGCAAGCUAUGGAGAUGCAAGCAGAAGCUGAGCGUAAGAAAAGAGCUCAAAUCCUGGAGUCUGAAGGAGAAAGACAAUCAAACAUCAAUAUUGCGGAUGGUAAAAAGAGUGCUGUAAUCCUAGAGUCAGAAGCUGCAAAGAUGGAUCAAGUUAAUAGAGCACAUGGAGAAGCAGAAGCCAUCCUUGCUAGGGCACAAGCAACAGCAAAAGGAAUUGUUCUGGUAUCCGAUGCUCUUAAGGAGACUGGAGGUGUUGAAGCAGCUAGUUUGAGGAUUGCUGAACAAUAUAUCCAUGCCUUUGGAAACAUUGCCAAAGAGGGCACAACAUUGUUGCUUCCUAGCUCCACUGCCAAUCCAGCUCACAUGAUGGCACAAGCUUUGACAAUGUACAAAAGCCUCAUUGGCAAUGUCUCAGGGGAUGCUCCAGGUGGAGGCUCUUCAUCUCAGUUGACUGGAAGCUCACAUGACAACCCUUCCUCGGGAGAGGCUGCGGACAAGAUUCCCAUGAUUUCUAGAAGAGAGAGUACGGAACAGCAUGAGCCAACAUUUUCACUUCAAAGUCCUCUGAAGGAGAGUAGAAGUAAUCGCGCAGGACAAUUUUGAAAAGAGAACAUAGUUUUUCCUGCAAAACUGUUGCGGCUGAUGCUCCCCUGUUUCCGGUUUCUCAUUUCCUCGCAGCAAGUCAAAACCAGUUUUGAACUGUAUUUUGCGCAAAGAAGGUUGCAUUUGCUUUUGAGAAAUUAGGAUCUUCUUCAGACGACCAACUGCACAUUUCCUUUUGGAGGUGAUGGAUUUUGUUCUACAAAUUGCCCUUCUAUCUACCGAGGUGGACUUUAUACUGAAGAAAUUGAAGUCAUUUUUCCCAUUAACUGUGAUGUAUGUCCUCAUUUGGUCAAUAAAGCCCACAUUCUGCAGUUGCAAGUAA